CUAACAGAAAGUGAAAUCGCGCAAACCACGUGAGCUUCUUUUUCGGUGUGGAGCGACGCUGCAGCUCGCAGUGAAAUUGUCAAGCCGAUCCUUCCGUGUCCAGUCUACGGGUUCAAACUGGAAUGGGCCAAUCACAGGCGAAGAAGGAAAGCUACGCAGGGAAGCCGGAAGGAACGCCUGACAGUAUGCAGUCCCUGUUCAGUGAAGUGUCUGUGUUUCUGCUUGAGGAGAUCCUGGUGCAAGUGCCAGCCUUGGACCUGGUCCAUCGCUGCCGGCUGGUGAGCUCGCUGUGGCGUGACGUGGUGGACAGCGCCUCCCUGUGGAAGAGGAAGUGCGAGAGGGAGGGGCUACGGCCAAGAGAGCCCGCCUCCUCCCCAGCAGACUGGAGAAUCUUCUACUUCCUGAGCCAGUGGAGGAGGAACCUGCUGAGAAACCCGCGAGCCGAGGAGGGUUUUAACAACUGGAUAUUGUGCUCAAACGGAGGCGACAAGUGGAAAAUUGAACCCAUUGACCUGCAGCAUGCCCUCCCUGAUGAAACCGUCCAGAAGUACUUUGUCACAUCGUACUCUACCUGCAUGAAGUCCCAGAUCAUUGAUCUGCGGAAGGAAGGCUACUCAGACCACAUUCUUAAUGAGAUCCAGCCCGACAUCGUCUGCAGCGACUGGUACGCUCCACGCUGGGACUGUGGCUCGAAGUACGAGGUCUGCAUCCAGCUGCUCUCUGCAAAACAGAAAGUGAUCCAGCAAUUCAAACCUGAGCCUGUCAUCUUCCCGCAGUGGAACGACAUGGAGUGGAAGCAGAUGACACACGUGUUCAGUGGCUAUGGGCGUGGGGCGCGCUUCGUGAAGUUCAGCCAUGGAGGCAGCGACACACAGUUCUGGGCGGGCUGGUAUGGGAUCCGGGUCACAAACAGCAGCGUGGUGGUGGAGGCUGAGCGCAGAAUGAGACAGUGAGGGGACAGCCUCCCUGCAGAGGCACCUGGCCGGACAAACACAGCAAGAAGUGACACCUGAUUGCACCUGUCGACUGCACAAGAAAAACAAUCGGCUACUAGUCCCGUAAUACAGGACUCCCCUUCCUUAAACUGGCCACAGCCAUCAUUCCAGCACAGUUUGAUAGGAAUGUUCCAGGAUCACGGGAAUCCCGACUGCACAGACAGGGUACAAAGGAUUCAUCAGUCAGCUGUACCUGGUCCCUUGGGGUUACCAGCUUGCUGUCUAGUGAGUCUCUUGUUCAGCUUCCCUGCAAGGUGCUUUAGACUUUGCUGGCUCUUCAUUGGGUUUCACCAUGAAUAGGAUAUGAGAGUGGACAGUGAAAGUAAGGCAAUGCACAGGCGGCAGCUCGCUGAAGCAACGCUACAAACCUUGGUGCAGCACAGGGAGUGCCUAGAAUAAGCACAGGAAACUGAACGAUCCAGGCAUUUUUACUCUGAGUAAAGCAGCUAGUAUCCCAGCAUUCCUGGGUUCAUUGGCCAGUCAUCCAGUCAGGAGCCUCAGAGUGGUUUUGUUUUUCUCGCUAUGGUCACCAUCCCAAAGAAGCCAUCUUUUUAAAGUAAUAUCGGAACAGGAAGUGACCUCACUCCGAUCACAUUGAAGACAGCAGAAACGUUUGCCAUUGAAUGAAUUUUCUUGUAGUGUUUGUAUUAUCCGUCUGUCAUCAUGAGUAUGUGUUCUAUGUAUACAAAUUAAAAUAUAUAAUGC